AAUUUUGGCGUCAGAUCAUUGCUACUCAGGUGUGAGAUCACUGUAUAAUUAGAUUGUGUAAGAUUGGUGUCAGGUCAGUGUUACGUCAAUGUUGGAUCAGGACCAGAUUAUCAAUAUACAUACACGUACUUCGAAUUUUCACAGAGCUUGAUCGAGAUGAUGGGAGGUCUGUCAUUUGCAAUAGGACCAGCUAUUGGUGGCCUAUUCUAUGACGCUGGAGGCUUCGAGCUGCCGUUCUUUUUUCUCGGAGGAGUUGUUCUGGUUGUCGAUUUUAUCAAUUUUUUCUUGCUGCCAGAGCAGGGAACGAAGAACGAAGAACCUGGUUCCUUGAUCGGGGUUGUGAGCAUACCUGCCAUAUGGGUUGCCUUGACAACCACUGUUAUGGCCGCAGCUGCAUUUUCAUUCUUUAAUCCUACCCUGUCGAUUCAUCUAAAAGGGCUUGAUUUCACGGUGAUUCAAAUCAGCUUGAUCUUUCUGGGUUGGGGUCUUGUGUACGCGGUGGUCUCCGUAAUUUGGGGAGCCGUUGCUGACGCUACGGUAAGUUAUUGCCGCGAGGCAUAACCUAUCAUUGGUGAAACACAGCGUGACCUUUAGGGUCUGACGUCCAAAGAAUUCAGAUGUGAUUUUUCCAUUUAAAAUGGCGAAGAUGAGCAUCAUAUUAAAAAUGGUUUAAGGGUGUAUGUAGGUGUGUCUGGAAGACAAAUCAUGGUGGGUUGUAAAAACGUCUAUCUUUACAAACUGGGAAAAGGUGUCUUAGAAAUCUCGAAAUCAGCAGAUUGCACUGGAUUGAGGUGUUUAAGAGCAAUAAUAGAAUACCAAUUAUAAAGUACAAAAUUUCAUGUUGAAACAAUUCCAAAUGCUAUAUAUGGCCUACCUGCGUAGACAUGUAUAUACAUGUCACAAAGUUAUUUCCCAAUCGACCUUAACUCUACAAGUGUCAUACACCUAAUGUAGUGAAAUGGGGCUGCGGUGUCACAGCCAGUAGGAAUGACCCCAAAGUUGAUUGGGAUAAAUGUACGAGUUGACCAGGCAAUGAUUCAGUCAGUCGAAGAAAUCCUGAUUUGUUGCAUCACAGACAAUUUUAUUCAGCAAUCAACGCGAAAUCAAGGUGGAAUCAUAGAAAUUACAGUCAUGAAGUAGAAUUAUGACGAGAUCCCAACGAAAAAUCCAAACCAAAAAUACCCCCAGGUGCAGGGACCGGAUGACUCCUAAUGCAUGUACAUGUACAUUCUACCUGUUAUAAAUAGAGAAAAAUAUGGAAACCCCAUAAUUACUGAAAAAAGUGUGCUCACACAGCAAAGAUGACCGUCGUACCCUGUACAGGUAUCGUGCGCACAUAUGCUGUCCGUAUAGAUGUGCAAUACAGCAAGGUAUGUGCGCACAGCGGUGUCUAUGACAACGCCACACCAUCAGAUUUCCCAAAGUUUCGGUAAAGAUAUACAUGUACAACUCUCCCGAAGAGUUACACACAAAAUAAAAUGAAAAUCACUCACCACAGGUUCUGGAGACAAGCCCCAAUAAGGACGCCUUACAUUUCAGACAGUUGUGUGCCGACAAACUGGCCACAAACACAGUAAAAUCGACAUCAAGUGGUGCUGGGAAAAUGGCGAAGUACCAAGCGCGCGAAACAUUGUGCGCCCUACCGUGUGUGCACAUUAAACUAAAUUAUGUGAAUAUGGGGUCAGGCUUCAUGCAAAUGAGUUCAAGUUAAAUAUAAAUCUGUAUCUCGGAGACAAAGCCAACCAAAAGAUAAUC